ACCUUCACGUCCACGUGCACCGGCUUCCGGAGGGUGUCCCGUGGGUUGCGUACGUCUCUAAAGUCAAAGAAGAGCUACAUUGUAAGGGAAGCGGAUUUGAACAUUGCCCCCCGCUUGGGGUUUCCUCGCUUGCAAUUCCCUUUCUCCUCGGACAUCAUAAAAAGGUCAUGGGCAAGAAUAAGGCAAAAGGAUUGAAACAGGCCAAUGUAUUCCAUAUAGCCAAUAAAAAAAUACUAAAGGCUAAAAGUAAAACAAAACCAGUGGCAACCAAUCUAAAAAAGAUAAAUAUAGUGAAUGAUGAAAAAGUUCACAAGAUAGAUAAGGUAUUUACAGAAAUACAGAGAAAUGUUAAGCAGUUGUCCAAAACUGUUCCAUCAGAUUCUUCAAAGAAACUUCAGAUUCCAAACUGUCAGGAAGACAAACCGGCUAAUGUGGAUGCUGCUGCGAACUUACUUUCUCAGUUGUGACACUAAACAAUAUAGCGAUGUGAAAAUUACAUCUUUUGAUACAGAAUGGAACACAUAGCUUUCAACACUGGAAAUCUAUUUGUCUAAGUGUAUACAAUAACAUUGGAAGGAAUACCAGGAUUUCAUAUAAUGACUUGGAAAACUAAUACUCUCCAAAGUGGCCCUAGUUUAGCAAUUGAGGAAAUAUUCCAAGGUGGUUUUUUAAAUAUAUAUAUAAUCUCUUUAGAGUCUACGCAUAGCUAAGAGCCAAAUUAUUUAUCAACAGAGAGCUGGAUUUGGGACAUUGAUCUAUACUUUACUAGCUGAAAUUAUAAUUUCAAGUGAAAUUGUGAUUUAAAUACUUAAAUCACUAUUGUCUAAUGUUAUUGAUCAAGUUUCUCUCAGUACUUUUUAAAAUGUAAGAUAAAAGGAUUCUGUACAUUAAAUAUAAUUAUAUUUCUUUGCUGUAGACAGAAUAAAUUUUGGACAUUCAAAAUUUUACAUAAUGGGUGGAAAAAUAAUAGGAAAAGAAACAAAAAUAUGUACUUUAACAUUGAACUGAAUUCUUUUGUUUGAACAAGUGCCAGAGGUUACUAAAUCCCUUACUUUAAUUUGCCCCAGAAUAUGGAAUUACUGUUUAAAUUUGGGCAAUAUAAAAAUUUUGGCUUGGAUUUUGACUAACUAUAUUAAAGUAACAGAUGUUUUCAUUUUCACCCUCCUCCAAAAUGCAGCUUGGUAUUUAAAAAAUAAAAAUGAGUACAGCAAUA